AUGAAAGAACAAGCCGAUGAACAUCUCCAAAUGGACGGAAAGAACAUGAUCGCAGUGGAAGUGGCGUUCAUUUCUAUUGAUGCGAGUAGUGGCGCACCGAUUCUCUUUUUGAGGGAGACAGAAGGCGAUCCAAAAUUGGUGCUACCUAUAUGGAUCGGACAGGGGGAGGCGCUCUCAAUUCAAUUCCAGCUCAAAGGUGAAGAGCCGCUACGUCCGAUGACACAUGACCUCAUGAAAAACAUCAUCGAAAGCCUUGAUGGGACAGUUGAUGCGGUCUACGUACAUACCAUGAAAGACUCAACCUAUUUUGGGCAGAUCAAUGUGGUAGCCAAUGGCAAAACGUUGGAGAUUGAUGCUCGCCCAAGCGAUUCGAUCGCGCUCGCCUUGAGAUUAGAAGUGCCUAUCUAUGUGGCAGAAUCGAUUGUUCAAGAGAUUGGCUUCCCUGAGACAGAGUUGAGGGAAGCAGAGCGGCAGCAGUCUCAAGACGAGUUAGAGCAUUUAGAUGAAGAAACACUGGGCAGAUAUACGGUGUAA